GCUACCGCCAUACUGUUAUGCAAAUUGCUCAAAGUUUAAACUCCUUGCAAUUUAAAAAACGAUUGGCUUAAUAAUUAUUGUAUACAGAAUCAGAGCGUGGAGAAACGUACCUGUAGCACGACAUAAUCAUGCUAUUUAAGGCUUUGUGAACUGAUGACCAGCUCAAAAUUCCGUGAAAUAUGCUGAAGAAUAUGAAAUGCCCGAGAUGCGCAAUCAUGAAUGAAACCGUAACAGACGGCAUAUAGAAGCGGGCAUACAGAAGUAAAUGAUUGUCCUGGAUGGGUGAGCUGGAAGGAAGGCUGGGCUGGUUGCCGUUUUGGGGUUAAAGCGGUCACUCCCUUCGGCGUCCUCAGACACUUACAGUCAAACUACCCAUUAACCUACUAAUCCCCGUCCAUUGCCGACUGUGGAAGCCUGCAUCGCGGACGGAAUCCUGCAGACAUGCUGGGGGCGAGGCGAAGGCGUCCGUCUCCAGUUCCUAAAUGCUUUUUUUAACAUAGUUGCCCGUCCGGCGUCUGCAUGGAUCAUUCACGCUUUCAGUCUUUUUGAUGCCCGUUUCCUACCGCUUGCACACAGGGACGCUUCAUUCUCCACCAGCCGGGCUCUGGACUAACGUUUCACCGGGCGCUUUUGCUCCUUUUUACGGAAAAUGGGUUGUUGCACCGGGAGAUGCACGCUGAUUUUUCUAUGCACUUUACAGCUGCUCGCAUCACUGGAGCGACAGAUCUUUGACUUCCUGGGAUAUCAGUGGGUCCCCAUCCUCGGAAACUUUCUGCACAUAAUAGUUGUCAUCCUCGGCCUCUUUGGAACAAUUCAGUAUCGCUCAAAAUACAUUGUGGUGUACUCCAUCUGGAUCGCUCUAUGGGUGGCAUGGAAUGUGUUCGUUAUCUGCUUCUAUUUAGAAGUUGGAGGUCUGUCUAAGGACACUGACCUCAUGACCUUCAAUAUCUCCAUGCACCGCUCCUGGUGGCGUGAGCACGGCCCCGGCUGCGUGAGCAGGGAAGUCCCGCCCCCAGGCUCCCGCACACUGGAGGACCACACCUACAUCUCUGUCACUGGCUGCAUCAUGGAGUUCCAGUACCUGGAGGUCAUGCACUCUGCCCUGCAGAUCCUAUUGGCUCUGGCGGGCUUUGUGUAUGCCUGCUAUGUCAUCAGCAUCUUCUCGGAGGAAGAGGACAGUUGUAAGUACUGACCUGCUCCCUUCUGCUCCCGUCUCUGGAGAUCUCCAGGAUCAAAAUAAAUGAGGAGCUUCGACUGACGUAACUGGAGAUGCCAAAAUGGAAGGAGAUCCCCCCCCCUUAAGAAUGCCAUGUGCCACAUGGACGGACGUCUGUGCCAGCGAGAGAUCCUCCCACUCCACUAACCUCUGACCAAAUUGAUCAAUACGAAAUACUCGGCUAAAUCUUUUAUUUAUAUAUCAAAUACAUUUCAGAGCAUGAAACCCUAACCCUGCGCACUAGGCUGUCUUCAGUUACUGUAAUGUGGUUUUAUUUUCCAAUAAUCAGGUUGGGCACUUUUGUAAGACUCGUGUUUUAGCAAUAUAUUUCAUGACAUUUAAUGAAAAAUAUGCCUUUCUCCUGCACAGUGAUCAAUAGCUGCAGAUUCUAUAAGUGUUUUGUAGGAUUUUUGUUUUGGGGGCAGUGUGUGGCUCCGCGGGUUAGGGCUGUGUGUCCUGGACCGGAAGGCAUCACCAAUGGACCCUCAAAGGCUCCUGACCCCAAUAGCUCAGAGAACAUCAUCUCUGUCUGACCCUGCUCCCUGAACAAAAGCAUCUGCCAAAUAAGUACCAAAUGUAAUGCUUAAAGUUUCCUGAGGUACUGUCUGUCAUAUUCAGUUACCUCUAUACAAACCCCAUAUUAACAGUUCUGUUGUGCAUUUGCUGAAUAAAUCCUACCAAAAGCCAUGAGCUGUGAGGAGCCGUAGGCAGAAUGAAGAACGUGCUGGUCUGCUGCAGCAUUCUGUGACUUAAUGCUCAUUUCAGGUUGGCUGUUGCUGGUUUGUUCCACUCUGCUACUCCUCGGAGCUUUACAAAGCUCCACCAGUAGGAGGCAAUCUUGGCUUUGGGCUAAAUCUGCAUUCCAGUUCAUCCCAAAGAUGAUGUGCAAGGCUCAUGUUGGAUCUCUGUGCUUCCAAAGCUAAUUUCUACAAAUAAAUGCAUAUUUUAUAGUUAAAGCAAUUUUGCUGCAUUCAGAGGGUUGUCUCAUGACUUUUGGUAGACAGCAUUCAAGAUCUUAGUUCAACUCUCCUUAUCUACAUUAUACCCCAUUCUUUAUACAUGGUAUUUAUAUACCUACUGAGGUUUGGGUCGUCAUCACAUACAUUUUUUCCAGAUGCAUCUUUAUGCACUGUUCUAAAACGGAACUUCAGUUUUUUGCUAUGCUCUGAAUAAACCAUGAAUAAGGAUGAUAAAUGACAUCAAUUCCAUCAUGAGACUGGAUGGACCUUACAUAGAAAUCAUAUUCAUUACAUCCAGUUUUGUACAGUAGAUUUGUAAGUGUCUCAGUAGACUUCUGGAUAGGUAGCUAUGGAAGAUUAUAUAGUACAGGUACCAUUUUUAUACCAGAUACUGGUAUUCCAUGCGUUCUGUGACAUUUGAAACAGUGCCUUUCAUCUCUACUUGCUUUGUGUUAUACUUCAGAGGUCAGAGGGAAUUAAUCCCCUUUAAUAUAUUUAACAUACCUAAGUUUGUGUUUCAAAAGUGACUUUUGGGCAGAUGGAGAUGCAGAUGGAGAUGUGCAGCACUGGAAUUUACUUUGCUGUCAACAAUAAUAGAAGUCAGUGAAGUGAUAGUGAAGUGAUCCCAGAGCACGAGGAAUCAAUUGUGUGUCCAGAUAAAAUAUGAGAAAUAAAUCUCGUUGCAAUCCCAUUCAAUAGCAUGGCCUCUGUGAUUCAGAGGCUUCGUUGGAGCGCCAUCUGCUGGUUCAUCUGCUGUCUUUGUCAUUCAGGUUUAACCAGAGCUAAGACAGGCUUUACCUGACAUAUGCAGGAAAUAAAAAUGACAAAAGACGCUUACGCUACACUGAGAAGAGACAGAGAGAAAUGGCGAGUGUAGCUUUCUAAUCUGUGGUCAGUGAGCAUAGUUUUUUAUUCCAUUGCAGUAACAUAGACAAUGAGCGGGACGUAGAAUAUGUUUCAUUUAGGCAUAGAGUUUGUACAACUGUUUUUGAUGUAAGUAAAGUAUUAUCAGGUACAUGCAUGGACUUGUUUUUGUGAUUUUUUGUGUAAAUGUGUUUUCUAAGAGCUUGCCCAUCUUGAGAGUGUGGAAGUGUACACAAGGCACACAUUUCAUCCAUCCAUCCAUCCAUCCAUCCUUGCACCACUAAUCCAGUACAGGGUCUUGAGGACAUGCUAACAUUUUCUUCUAAACUUCUGUGCCAUUGAGCGCACAAGACCCCAAGCAGAACAUGAACAGAGAUCAUUCAUUCUCAUGUAAAAGAUCCACUUCUUAGGGCUUCUUGCAGGAAGUCCAGUAGGCAGGUGUGGCUUUUAGCAAAUGUCUGUUUUUUGUUUUUAAGUCUUGAAACCACAAAUGACUUCACCCACUAUCUUCUUUAUAACUGCCAAGCCAAUACGAAACGCAAUAAAUAUUUUCUUUUCUUUUUGAUAAACCAUUUCCAGUUGUGUGUGACUGGUUUACUCUGUUGUUUUGACUUCUGUAGGACUUUAGACAUUAUUGCACAUUUAAUUUUUACCUUGUGUAAAAAAAAAAUCACAUUCAUACAAACACAGAUUCCUUUCUUGUUGUACCAUGUAAAAAUUUGUCUAACAGGAGAUUUCUUGUCAGUUAUUAAUAAAAUUGUACAUUGGAGCAGCUCAUAAGUGUUUCGAA